AUGCGAUGCGCGCGUCCGCCCGGCUCUCCGUCCACCCCUCUCCACGCCGAAGCGAAACUCCUUCCCUCCCUCCGUUGCUCCGGCGCCGGCUCCGAUCCUCUUCGCGAUCCUCCCCUUCCCCUCAAUUGGGCAGGCGCCGGCAGCGACGGGCGCCCGGAUUGGCGCGAGGGAGAAGUGGAGGAGGAGAAAGAGGGCUGGGCUGAGCCCUGCGGAGCCGGGCAGCGUGUCGGCGGAAGGAAAGGUAGGCCCGGGCAGCAGGAAACGGGUGGCGGGGUGGGAAGAAACAGCGGCUAGGGCACAGGGGGGAAGGGAGAGGAGGCCUGGUCAAAGGGGAGACGCAAAACCGGAGCGGGGCUUGGCGUGGACCUUUGUCCGAAAGCAGCGCUCCCCGCAAGAGGCCUGGGCAGCGAGUGCGCUUUUGCGCUUCUUCCCUUGCUGGCUGCUGCGGGCGCCGCGUUGGGGACCCUGGAGUAGAGCCUACAGGGGUUAGGCGCGUACAUUUUCGGACUUGGUUAAAAGGCAGGCCGCCUCCUAUGGUUUGUGCUACCUCCUGAGUAGCCGGUGGUGAAGUUUAGCCUGGGCGAUCUUCUGUAGGAUGUACACGCAGGAUGUUGCUCUGUUGAGACGUAUAAUUUCCACGCUUCGUGCGAGUCCCCAGGCGGGGUUGUAGUCAAGUGUGCUGUGUGAAAUGAUCUGGAAUAGUUGCACUCCUGGUUCUGUGCUCUAUAGACUUAGUUGAGCAGUGUUUCUCAAACUUGGGUUCCUAUCAGUUGUUGGAUGGUGGGUAAGGGUUCUAAUCUUCAGCCUGCCAAACCCUGGAGAUGGGUAUUUGACUGGUUAAAAAGGGUUAUGGUCAAAUAAUGGUCAAGUUCGUUAAUGGCACCACCUCCAGAUGACCUGUUUAUACUGAUUUGCUUGUGCAAAUAUUAUUCCGAGUUAUGGAGUAUUUGCUCUGGCUUCUUAACAGUUCUGCAACAAUGAGCAUUCGCUCUAAUUUGCUUCUGGAGUACUUACACGUCUUCCCAUUGAAUUGGUUCAUCUCACACUUCCCAGUGUAAUUUCACCAUCCUUUUCCUAAUCUCAGAAAAUCUUGUUUUUGUUUUUAGGGGAUUGGACGGAGCACUUCAAUCCGCUUUAAUUGUUCAAGUCUAAAUUCCCAGUAUGUGCUUGAAUCCUUCCUUCCAGAACAAGAACAAUUGUUUUUAUUUCAUUUAUUUACUAUUUCAUCAUUCUUAUAACCAACCCUUCCUCCCAUAGGGAGGAUGGCUUACAAGAAUAGUAAAAAAGCUAGCAAUGCUAAAAUCGUAAUAAAACAGCCUUAACACAACAAUUGGACAACAAUCAGUUAUGGAAUAUUGUAACAGGUUGAGCCUACUACUUGGAUGAGUACAGCAUGCACACCACCCACCCACUCGCAAUAUAUAGUGUGUAAAACAUUGUCUUAUUGUCCAAUAAUAUUUUACAGGAAGUGGAUCAGGGUUGUGUGCAUUGGAGAUCUUCUACUAG